AAAAUAUACCAGAAUGGACGACUCCAGCAGUGAGAACCCAUGAAGAAGAAAAUCUAAAACUAGAAAUUGUUAAAUCACUAAAUUGGACAACUCCAACGAAGAAAAUACACCAGAAUAGACAACUUCAACAGCAAAAUCUACGAAGAAGAAAACUUGAAAACUAG